AAUUCACAUUGUCUUUUCGACACGUAUUAACGACGGAUUAACUUUUAGCCUUUGCAGAAUGAGGGUUUUGUUUGUUUUCACUGCUAUCAUGGCUCUGGCUAAUGCAGACAGUGUGCGUAAAGAAGAGCAGGAGUUUCAGAAUUGGAAAUUGAAGUUUGGUAAGAACUAUAUGUCUAAAGAGGAGGAGUCUAAGCAUAAGAUGAUCUGGAUGGAAAAUCACAAACUUGUCCUGGAACACAACAAGUUGGCACACCAGGGCAUUAAGAGCUUCAGACUUGGCAUGAACUACUUUGCAGACAUGGGUAACCAGGAAUUUGAGUCCAUAUAUAAGGGCUGUCUAAUAUCCAGCAAGAAACACAAUGAUGCAACAUUCUCCAAACAUAUAAGAGGAGGUGCUAUGGCAAAAACAGUGGACUGGAGGGAGAAGGGCUUUGUGACUCCAGUUGAACACCAGUUGAACUGUGGCUCUUGCUGGGCCUUUAGUGCGACUGGAGCACUGGAGGGUCAGGCAUUCAAAAAUACUGGGAAACUGGUGUCACUCAGCAAGCAGCAGCUGGUAGACUGCUCUGAACAAAACUAUGGCUGCGAGGGUGGCUGGAUGGACAGGGCCUUUGAAUAUGUGAAAAAAAAUAAAGGAAUAGACACAGAGAAAUCCUACCCCUAUGAGGCCAUGAACAAAUCUUGCAGAUACAAUCCAGACAAUGUUGGAGCCACCUGCAAUGGCUAUGUGAACAUAAAUAGUGAAGAUGAGACUGCUUUGCAGGAAGCCGUGGCCACCAUCGGACCAAUUUCUGUUGCCGUAGAUACAAACCACACAUCCUUCCACCAAUAUGAAUCAGGCAUCUACGAUGAACCUGACUGUAGCAGCACUGUAAUGAAUCACGCUGUCCUGGUUGUUGGUUACGGCACUGAGGAUGGAAAGGAUUAUUGGCUGGUUAAGAACAGCUGGGGUGCUGAUUGGGGUGAGGAGGGUUAUAUCAGGAUGUCCAGGAACAAGGACAACCAGUGUGGUAUUGCUACAGCAGCCAGCUAUCCUUUGGUUAACAAAACUCUCCGUGUUCAGUGUGAAGCUUACUCUACCAUCUUCGUACUGGGAUGUUUAUUGCUGGGUUUGUUCACAGACACAGACCAAGUUUAUCUUCUUAGCAGAAUGAGGGUUUUGCUUGUUGUCAGCGCUCUCGUGGCUCUGGCCAGUGCAGCCAGCGUCUCUUUGGAGGACCUGGAGUUUCACUCCUGGAAACUGAAAUUUGGUAAAAUCUAUGAGUCUGUAGAGGAGGAGUCUCAGCGUAAGAAUACAUGGCUAGAAAAUCGCAAGCUUGUUCUGGUUCACAACAUGCUGGCUGACCAGGGCAUUAAGAGCUACAGACUUGGCAUGACCUACUUUGCAGACAUGAGCAACCUGGAAUACAGACAGACUGUGUUUAAGGGCUGCCUGGGAGCCUUCAACAGGACCAAGAGACACAGUUCAGUAACAUUCCUCCGACAGGCAAUAGGAGCUGUUCUGCCAGAUACUGUGGACUGGAGGGAAAAGGGCUAUGUCACUGAUGUUAAAGACCAGAAGCGUUGUGGCUCUUGCUGGGCCUUCAGUGCGACAGGGGCACUGGAGGGUCAGACAUUCAGAAAAACUGCGCAACUGGUGUCACUCAGCGAGCAGCAGCUGGUAGACUGCUCUGGAAAAACUGGUAACCUUGGCUGUAAUGGAGGCUGGAUGGACUGGGCAUUUGAAUACGUAAUAGAAAAUGGGGGACUGGACACAGAAGACUCCUACCCUUAUGAAGCCAAGGAUGGACCUUGCAGAUAUAAUCCAGCUAGUGUCGGAGCCACUUGCACUGGCUAUGUGGACAUAAACGCUCAAGAUGAGAGUGCUUUGCUGGAAGCUGUGGCCACCAUCGGACCCAUUUCUGUCGCAAUAGAUGCAGGCCACAUAUCCUUCCAGCUCUAUGAAUCAGGUGUCUAUGAUGAACCUGACUGUAGCAGCACUGAGCUGGACCAUGGUGUCCUGGCUGUUGGUUAUGGGACUGAGGAUGGACAGGAUUAUUGGCUGGUGAAGAACAGCUGGGGUCUUACAUGGGGACAUAAGGGCUAUAUCAUGAUGUCAAGAAACAAGAAUAACCAGUGUGGUAUUGCCACAAAAGCCAGCUAUCCUCUGAGAGCACAACAGAAGCAGAACAGAGAACAUCUCAAUAUUUGCAAAAUGAGGGUUUUGAUUGCCAUCACUGCUCUCGUGGCUCUGGCCAGUGCAGCCAGUAUCUCUUUGGAAGACCUGGAGUUUCAUUCCUGGAAACUGAAGUUUGGUAAGAGCUAUAUGUCUGUGGAGGAGGAGGCUCGGCGUAAGAUGACCUGGCUAGAAAAUCGCAAACUGGUUCUGGUACACAACAUGCUGGCUGACCAGGGCAUUAAGAGCUACAGACUUGGCAUGACCUACUUUGCAGACAUGGAUAACCAGGAAUACAGACAGUCUGCAUUUAAGGGCUGCCUGGGAGCCUUCAACAAGACAAAGAAACACAGUGCAGCUACAUUUCUCCGACAGGCAGGAGGAGCUGUUCUGCCAGAUACAGUGGACUGGAGGGAUAAGGGCUAUGUGACUGAUGUUAAGGACCAAAAGGCAUGUGGUUCUUGCUGGGCCUUCAGUGCGACAGGGUCACUGGAAGGUCAGACAUUUAGGAAGACAGGGAAACUGGUGUCACUGAGUGAACAGCAGUUAGUGGACUGCUCCUGGGAAUACGGCAACAUGGGCUGCAGCGGUGGCUUGAUGGAUCAAGCUUUUGAUUACAUUAAGGACAACAAGGGAAUUGACACAGAGGACUCCUACCCUUAUGAAGCCACUGAUGGGGACUGCAGGUUUAAGCCAGCAUCUGUGGGAGCCACCUGCACAGGCUAUGUGGAUAUAACCACUGAAGAUGAGAAUGCCCUACAGGAAGCUGUAGCAACCAUCGGACCCAUUUCUGUCGCUAUCGAUGCAGGCCACACAUCCUUCCAGCUCUAUGAAUCUGGAAUCUACAGUGAGCCUGAAUGUAGCAGCAUUGACUUGGAUCAUGGUGUCCUGGCUGUUGGUUAUGGCAAGGAUAAUGGAAAAGACUACUGGCUGGUCAAGAACAGCUGGGGUCUCGAUUGGGGUGACAAAGGCUAUAUCAAGAUGUCCAGGAACAAGAAUAACCAAUGUGGCAUUGCCACAGCAGCCAGCUAUCCUCUGGUUUGGUGGGUGAAGAACGUCCAUCUGCAGCAUCUACAUGAUCUAAUGAAGGUUUUGCUUGUUGUUAUCACUCUUAUGGCUCUGGCCAGUGCAGCUAGUGUCUCUCUCGAAGAUCUGGAGUUUCAAGCCUGGAAAUUAAAGUUUGGGAAGCGCUAUAAGUCUGUGGAGGAGGAAACUCAGCGUAAGAUGACUUGGCUAGAAAAUCGCAAACUGGUUCUGGUACACAACAUGCUGGCUGACGAGGGCAUUAAGAGCUACAGACUUGGCAUGACCUACUUUGCAGACAUGAGUAAUCAAGAAUACAGACAGACUGUGUUUAAGGGCUGCCGGGGAUCCUUUAAUAGGACCAAGAAACACAGUGCAGCUACAUUACACCGACAGGCAGGAGGAGCUGUUCUGCCAGAUACUGUGGACUGGAGGGAAGAGGGCUAUGUGACUGAGGUUAAAGACCAGCAGCAGUGUGGCUCUUGCUGGGCCUUCAGUGCGACAGGGGCACUGGAAGGUCAGACAUUUAGGCAAACUGGAAAGCUGAUUUCGCUGAGUGAGCAACAGUUGGUGGACUGCUCAAUGGAGAACUAUGGUUGCAGUGGAGGCUGGAUAGAUGAAGCCUUUGAGUACGUUAUUUCCAACAAUGGAAUUGACACAGAGGAGUCCUACCCUUAUGAAGCCAUAGAUGGAUACUGCAGAUUUAAUCCAGCCACUGUGGCAGCUACUUGCACUGGCUAUGUAUAUGUACCCAGUGGAGAUGAGUAUGCUCUAAAGUGUACCGUGGCCACUGUUGGACCCAUUUCUGUUGCCAUAGACGCAAGUUUGAGUACCUUCCAGUUAUAUCAUUCUGGUAUCUAUGAUGAGCCAAUGUGCAGCAGCAUUCACCUGAAUCAUGCUGUCCUGGUUGUUGGUUAUGGUACAGAAGACUGGAUAUGGCAAGACUUCUGGCUGGUUAAGAACAGCUGGAGUGAAAACUGGGGUGAAAAUGGCUAUAUCAGGAUGUCAAGGAACAAGUUUAACCAGUGUGGCAUUGCUACAAAUGCCGUCUACCCACUGCAGCUGAUCAGAGUCACAACACAGUUAUAUAUAGAAACCCAUGACAGUCCAUCUGUAGAACAAUUCAAGAUUCAAGAAACGCACAAAAUGAGAAUGAGAAUUUUGCUUAUCGUCACCACUCUCGUGGCUCAGGCCAGUGUAGACAGCAUCUCUCUGGAAGACCUGGAGUUCAAUGACUGGAAAUUAAAUUUUGGUAAAAUCUAUAAGUCUACAGAGGAGGAGAUUCAGCGUAAGAAGAUCUGGCUGGAAAAUCGUAAGCUGGUCCUGGCACACAACAUGCUUGCUGACCAGGACCUUAAGAGCUACAGACUUGGCAUGAAUUAUUUUGCAGACAUGGAUAACCAGGAGUACAGAAAUUCUGUAUUUAAAGGCUGCCUGAAAUCCUUCAACAGGACCAGGAGACACAAUGCAACUACAUUCCUCAGAGGGAGCGCUGUUCUGCCAAAAACUGUGGACUGGAGGAAAAAGGGAUAUGUGACUCAGGUUAAAGACCAGCAGAAUUGUGGUUCCUGCUGGGCCUUCAGUGCGACAGGGUCACUGGAAGGUCAGACUCGAAGGAAGACGGGGAAGCUGGUGUCACUGAGUGAGCAGCAGUUGGUGGACUGCUCUUGGACACAUGGGAACUUUGGUUGUGAAGGAGGAUUGAUGAACAAUGCUUUUGAGUACAUUAGAGACAACAACGGAAUUGACACAGAGGAGUCCUAUCCUUAUGAGGCCAUAGAUAAUAAUUGCAGGUUUAAUCCAGCCACUGUGGGAGCCACCUGCACUGGCUAUGUGCAUAUAAAGAGUGAAGAUGAAAAAGCUCUACAGGAAGCCGUGGCCACCAUUGGACCCAUUUCUGUUGCCAUAGAUGCAGGCCAUUUGUCGUUCCAGCUCUAUAAAUCUGGUAUCUACGAUGAGCCAGAAUGUAGCAGCACUGAGAUGGAUCAUGGUGUCCUGGCUGUUGGUUAUGGCAGGAAACAAAAAAAAGCUUACUGGCUGGUCAAGAACAGCUGGGGUCUUGACUGGGGUGACAAAGGCUACAUCAAGAUGUCGAGGAACAAACAUAACCAGUGUGGUAUUGCCACAGACGCCAGCUAUCCUCUGGUUUAAAAUUAUAAAGAAAAGUUAAUGUGACAGCUAUUAAAAGGUUGUUUAUGUAUUUUAAGUGAUGAUUAAUGGGAUUAACUGCUAUAUUUUGAAAUAAUCAUAAUAAUCAAAUAAUUCUUAGUAUCAAAAUUUUCUACUUUAUGAAGUCUGUAACUAGAAAACUUCAAUAACUGCAAUGAUAUCGAAAGUAGUAGUGGAAAAAAAGAAAAGAGAAUGAAAAAAAAGAAAGAAAAUGGCACACUCUUCAUCUACAACAUGACUUAAUCAUCAACAACACCAUAUAACUUCCUGUACUAUAGAAAAACAUCACUAUAUUUAUGCAGAACGAUAAUAUAGUCCUUUACAUUCCUGCUGCUACUGGAUCUGUGUUCAUCUGUAUUGAGUUUGUUAUUUUUUAAUUCAGCUUUUCCUUGUAUGAUCUCUUUGCCUUUUUUCUUCUUUUCUUAAUGAUCAUGAUUUAUUAAAUACUCUGUGCCAAGCAAACUACGACUUGAAAUGGUCAGAUUAAUGACAUUUUCACUUUAGUAAAAGAAUUUUCACACACUGUCUUACUAUCACAGUGUCUUAUGCACAUGGACUAUUCAAACAAUAACAUUAAUAUAAUACUUAAGUAACUCCUCAGCUACUGAUCGAAUCUUUCACACAGUAUUAAACAUAGGUAAUAUACUAAACUGUCUAGAUCCAACAUGGUUAUAGAUAUGGAAUUACAAGUUAAACCUUUGAGUUAAAACAAUGAAAAAGUUUGAGAAUGGAGAAUUUGAAUCUCAAAUUUAAACCUGGAAUCUCUUGAAUGAAUAAAGUUCUGAUUAUGAUCUAAAGAGCUGCAGAAUGUUUGCAUUCUCCCAUACAUAUCCACACACAACUAUUAAUAUUUUU